AUGGUGGCGGCGACGAUCACGAAGACGGCCCGUGGAACGCACGUCCUGGACAUCCACGGCUUCAGCGGUCUGAGGAAGAAACAAUGUGACGUAGAUGGCUUUCUGUACUCGCCGACCUUCACCGUCAGCGGCCUCGACUGGGCCGUCCGCUACUACCCCGACGGCGAUAACCACCAUGCCGGCGGCAAUUCGGAGUCGUCGGACCACGUUGCCGCCUUCGUCGAGCUGGUGACCGAGGGCGCUGCGGCCUGGGCGCGCGUCGGGUUCGGGCUGGUCGACCAGACCACCGGCGAGACGGUGCCGUUGUUCCGCGAGAAGGACCCGAUCCUGUUCGACGCCAGCAGCGAGGACACGUGCACCUGGGGCACCGGCGAGCUUGUCAGGAGGAGCCACCUCCAUGCCGGCUCGCGGUACGUCCUCGGUGACCGCCUCAAGAUCGAGUGCGCCAUCGACGUCUGCAGCGACCUCCUCACUUUCGACGACCCGCCACCGUCCUCCGGCCUGCCGCUCUUCCAGCAAGCCGGCUACGGCAAGCAGGAACCGGACGUGAUCAUCGAAGUCGCAGGAGAGACGAUCGCCGCGCACUACUGCAUCCUCGACGCCCGGGCGCCGGGCUUUCUCAAGCGCCACAUCCACACGGCGACGACGCGCAGCGACAGGAAGGUACAGAUCUCCGUGGACGGCGGAGGCAUGCCGGCACAGUCGUUCAAGGCGCUGGUCGACUUCGCCUACACGGACGCGCUGCCGGUCGUGGGUGGCCUUAAUGGCGCCGGCCACAAGGCGAUGAUCCGGCACCUCCUUAUCGCCGCCGAGCGGUACGGCAUGGGCAGGCUGAGGGCGAUCUGCGAGCGUGUCCUGUGCAAGAGCCUCGACGCCGAGACCGUGGCAGCCACGCUGGACAUGGCUGACCGACACGGCUUCAAGAAGCUGAGUGAAGCUUGCGCCGAGUUCAUGGCUUGUCCCUGA